GAGGUUUUGGGGGAAAUAUAGGACAUGACCCUCAUGUAUUGUAUACACUCAGUGCUAUUCAGGUCUUAGCCCUGUUUGACAAGAUAAAUAUUCUUGAUGUUGAGAAGGUUGCCAACUAUAUUGCCAGCCUACAAAAUGAAGAUGGGUCCUUUAAUGGUGACAUAUGGGGUGAAGUUGAUACAAGGUUUUCUUACACUGCUAUAUGCUCUCUUGCAUUAUUACAUCGCUUGGACAAAAUAAAUGUGGAAAAAGUUGUAAACUACAUUGUGAGUUGCAAGAAUUUGGAUGGUGGAUUUGGAUGCACUCCGGGAGCAGAAUCUCAUGCUGGACAAAUUUUCUGUUGUGUGGGGGCCCUUGUUAUUACUGGUUCAUUGCAUCAUGUUGAUAAGGAUCUCCUCGGGUGGUGGUUAUGUGAACGACAAGUGAAAUCGGGAGAUCUAAAUGGGCGGCCCGAAAAGCUUCCUGAUGUCUGCUAUUCAUGGUGGGUUCUUUCCAGUUUGAUCAUGAUCGAUAGAGUUCACUGGAUUGACAAGGAAAAACUCGUUACGUUCAUAUUGGAUUGUCAGGAUAAGGAGAACGGUGGAAUUUCUGAUAGGCCAGAUGAUGCAGUUGAUGUUUUUCACACCUAUUUUGGUGUAGCUGGCCUAUCUCUUCUCGAAUAUCCUGGUGUGAAUGCUAUAGAUCCAGCAUACGCAUUGCCAGUUGACGUUAUAAAUAGAAUCUUCAUAGGCAAAUAA